AGUUAUGUUCUUAAAAUAUUGCAAAUAUAUAAAUAAACCAAUAAUAGAAUAGCCUAAAGUUUGUUGUAAACAAUGCUAAUGGCAGUUUAUGGCGAAAUGUCUACUAUAAGAAGGAACAACAAUUUGACGCAGCAUUUAACAUUGUCUUUGAUGUUGAAAUGGUGUAUCCUUCCGACAAUGCUCACUCGUAAAUUGGUGCAACACUGUGCUUGAAUCGGGUUUCUUUUCUAAAUAGUUUUGUUUUGAGUCUGCCUACUCCUUUAGUUGUCUGCGUAACGGGGCGGAGGGAAUUUCCGUAUUUGAGCAACCACAGUGAAGCCUCGCAGUGUGUCAGUGUCUCCUGUCUGUGCGGCUUUUCACAUGGACCCCUCCACCUUCCUUUACGAUGUCCCCCCGGCUAUCAUCGAAAGGUUCUGUAGAAUCAUGGACAGCGGAGAUGACAGGUUCGGGUGGCGUGUACUAGCUGUCCAAAUUGUCCCCAGCUUGUUAGACGUCCGCAUGUUGGAGCGAGGGGAGUUGGCGGGUCGGAGCCCCACCAGAGAGCUGCUGUGGUCCUGGGCUCAGGAGAAUUCACGAGUGCAGGACCUUCUCAACCUGCUCAAAGACAUGGGACACCUCAGGGCCCUGCAGCUCUUCACAAGUCAAGCUCAAGAGUCGCCUUUGCCCAGCAGCAAUCCACAAGCAGAUUCCAAAGGGCCGAUGUCAGCAUCUAAAGAUAAGGGAUCCUUCCCACUAGAGGCGACUUUCCAAGACAUCAUAGAAGUAACCAAACAUUUCCAUCCUGAUAUGAGAAUUGCAGAGGGCCACUUCUCUGAUAUCUACAGAGCACACAUGGGAGAUCAAAUGAUCGCAGUUAAGCUUUUUAAACAGGUAAAAAUGCAGUCCUGGAAAAACCUCUGGGAUGUCUUCAGAAAAGAAAUGGAAACUCAUCUUUUGUACCAACAUCCAAACAUCCUAGAAUUGUUGUGCUGUGUUUCUAAUGAGGACCGCUACUGUGUGCUCUAUCCUUACCUCCCUAAUGGAUCACUCUUCCACAGAUUACACCAUCAGGAUGGAGAGCCCCCUCUGUCCUGGCAAGAGCGCCUCAACAUCAUUAAGGGAACUGCAAAGGCCUUGUAUCACCUCCAUACAGCCCAGCCCUGCCCGGUGAUCUGUGGCAACAUCUCCAGUGCAAACAUACUUUUGGAUGACGCCCUGCAGCCCAAGGUGUCUGACUUUGGGUUGGCCCGCCUCCGUCCUAAUUCAUCCAAUCAGCUCUGUACCAUCAUUCUGGAUACGAAGUCCCACAGCAACCUGGCAUACCUUUCUGAGGACUACAUCCGAGACGGCAAGCUCUCCUCUAGCUUGGAUGUUUUCUGCUUUGGGAUGGUUAUAAUGGAAACCGUAACAGGAAGGACGGUAAAGGAGGAAGUACCUAAACAAAAACCACUGAGAGAGAUGCUGGUAACGGAGGUGGAGGACAGCGGUGGUGUGGACUCUUGUCUACAGUUUUUGGAUGUGGCGGCAGGUCGGUGGCCCACUGACAUCGCCCUCGGCCUGCUGCGUCUGGCCCUGGACUGCACGGCGAGUCGCCGCAGCAGACCAAGCAUGGAGACUGUUCUUUUGGCAUUGAGCAAGCUACUUCCUCCACCUAGCUGCCCCCCUGCGGACCAACCCCACAGCCUGGAUGAUGGAAACCCCCUUAAAACUGAGAUGAGCCUUUUAUCCUCCAUACCUGUAGAGCACGAUGAGCAGCUCAGCCUCCCUGGUUCUCUAACACAGGAAGGGCCCAAUGAAUACAGCCAGUCGGAGGUGACGUAUCUGAGCGACGUGGGGGGGGCUUCUGGUGAGGUGUCGGCUGACCUGUACAGCAGCUGGCCUGUACAGUGCAGCUGCCCUGCUGAGACAGGCGGUCUGCCCUGUGAGGACUGCAGGGCCAAUGGCUUCACCCCCAACCACACUGACAGUCCUCAGAGUAACUCUACUGCAGUGGAAACCCCAGCCAAGGAGAGACUGAGGAACAAACUGAGUCUUUAUGACAAGGGGCUGAUUCACUCAGAGGAACUGUUCUCUGAAACAGGACUGCAGUAAAGAGAGGACUUCCUUUUACAUGUCUGAUAGCAGCCUGGCUGCCGCUGUAAAAUCGAUCAUGCCAAGCCAAUUCAACACCAGUAGGAACACCAUCAACAUCAUAUCUAAAGAUUGAGUUAUUUGGCUUUUCAUUGUAAGUGGAUCUCUGGGAGAAUGUAGUUAACAGUGGAUAGCUGACCUUCUAAUUGACAGCCAGUUCAAUUCUGUAGUCAGAACCCUUUAUCGUGAGUGAUAUCUGCAAUAAACGACGACAUGAUACUUGUAUUAUAAAAAAUAAUAAUUUAUUAUGUUUUUUUUGUCAUUGAAUAAGUUUGAAAUCUUAUGGAAAAACAUAGACCUAAUCAGCUAUCAUUGCAAUAGAAGUGAGGAAAAUGUUGCAUUAGGAAUUUGAGAAAUUAAUAAGUCAAUGUGAUGGGACGUGAAAUAAACAGUGUAACAAAACA